AUGCGCCGGCCGCAGCUCCCGCAGAUGAGCCGCCUGGGGCUCCUGGCCGUGGCCUUCUCGGACGGCACCGUGCAGCUCUACUCGCUGCCGCACCCCGAGGCCCUGCGCGCCUCCGCCAGAUGCCAGGUAAAAGACACCUCCCUGCACAGGGAGCUCAUCUGCAAGGCGCAGUGCGUGGCCACGCUGCAGGUGGGCGCCGUGCAGGCCGGGAGCGCCCCCGAGUGCGGCCAGUGCUUCAGCCUCUCCUGGCUGCCCCGCAAGCCCCACCACCACCUGGCCGCCGGCUUCUACGACGGCACCGUGGCCAUCUGGAACCUGCCCACCACGUCGCUGCUGCAGCGCGUGUGCCAGCCCGACGGCUCCCUCAAGCUCUACCCCUUCCGCUGCUUCCUG